AUGAGGUUGAAACAUGACUACCAGUUCACAGUACUAUGGGUACGUUGCUGCUUAAUCCUAGCCCUAUUCCAACCGGUUUUUUGCUCACCUCUACUGCCAAACACAUCAGCACGGUUGCCAGAAGUAGUGUACCCAAAGAAAUCACAAUCAAAUAACUUGUGGACUAAUGCGGCCGUCCAAAAUGGCGUGUCCAAGGGUAAAUCGACCAGUAAGAUUAACGUUUAGUUUCAAUUUUAAUUCAGACAAUUCAGCCAAAAACAGUGGAAACACAAGUUAUGGCAUGCCAGUCGGACCGGUUCACAAAGCGAGGAGGAAAACGUAUGCUCAAAAACAGUAUAUCAGUACAAAGGAAGCUAGGAUAGUGCUCGCGCCUUUGGAGGGUGAAAAGUAAGUUGGAUAAGUAUUAGGUUUAUAGAUUUAAUUCUAAUGAGUGAACAAAAGGUAAAAUACGGGCCGCCAUAAUAGAGUAAAAAUAAUAUUAAGCUACAAAGGGCUACAGUUUGGUUAGGACAAAACCAGCGUAGGGUUAUGCUAAAAAAUAGGUAUGAGUAGAAGUAAGGGUAGAAUAAAGGACGGUAAGACAAGAGUAAGGCCAGAACAAGGCUAAAGAGAAGCUAGAAUAAAGCUAGAGUAGGGCUAAAACAAAGCUAGGCUAAGACUAGAUAAAGUCCAGUACAAGGCUAGCAAAAGCCUAGCGUAGAGCUACGGUAUGGAUAGAAUCAAGCGAGGAUAAGUAAGGUAAGCUUAGAAUAAGGCUAGGGCAAAUAUAUAGUGCCGCUAAGGCGAGGCUAGGUUAGUGUAGUAUAAUAUAAAGCAGGACUACAACCAGUGCCGGGCGGGGACUUCUGGUCUGGGGGCGGGGGUCGAAAAAAUCGACACAUGUGUAUUUAGGACUGAAGUAAGGUUAGGAUAGGUUCAGCUUAAAGCAUGGUAAAGAAAGCUUAGGAUAGAACUACGUAAAGCUGUAGUAAGGCUAAAGGUAACUCUAUGGUAAAGAUGGGUAAGACUAGGUUAAUUUAUGGUAAUGUAAAAUUUAAAAAAUGUGUUUUUUCAUAAAAAUUCUGCUACAAUAAUAUAAAUAUUUAGAGUGUACACUUUGGAAAAAUACGUUGUAGUAUCAAGUGAACAACCAGAGCGACAAGAAAGUACAAAACGACCGAAAGGACCGAGUAAGUUACUUUUUAUCAUUUUUCAAACCUUUUUACCUAAAAAACCAGAAAAUGUUGUAUUUUACCUACUAUAAUAUAGCUAAAACUUCAUUUUCACAAAUUUAAAAUCUUUAAAAUUUAGAAGCAGCAGUAGCGGCAGUAAAAACGAAGGCUAAUGUACAAGAGCUAGUGGCUUUGAAGCGCACUACAAUGUCGGAAUAUGCAACGUCUACGACUGAUAAGCCUUCUUUAGUCAUUGGAGAAGUAAGAAGGCCGGUUUCUGCUGAAAGCGAGGAAAAACAGGUAAGUUGUUACUUAAAUUCCAUGUAUUUUUAAAAUUAGAGUAGGGCUGUUACCAUACUUUAAGUACGGUAGGGUAGGUAAGAAACACUUUAUCAUACAGCAGUCAAAUUUUCAAAGAAUCAAAAAAAUUUUUAGCCAAAGAACUUAGCACCUCCAGCCUACGGUUCCAACGUUCACUUAGUCAGCCAUGACACCAGCAACUCGGCCGAAAUCAAAUACCCAGCUAAAAGUUGGCAGCUACCUCCAGCCUUACUAGCUGCUAGACUAAAAAAGAGUGGACUAGAUACGGCAAGAGAACUGAAUUCAGUAGAAGAUGAAAAUCUAGAAGAAGCACUGGAAUUGUUUUCAAAAGCAAAUGAUAAACAUAAUCAUCUGAUGAGUAUGGGGCCGAGAAGCAAGAACAUUUCAAUGGUCGAUGUUUUACAAAAGGCUUUUGGAGAGACCAAGCCUAAACCACAGGUAAAAAAUAUAGUUUUGAACAUUUUAUGAAAAGGAUUAGUUGGGAAGUCUUAGAGUAUAUGAAGAAAGGUAGGGUAGACAAGGGUAGAGUAGAAAAAGAAGGUAGGAUAGAGAAGGGUAGGGAAAUUAGGAAAAAAAGUGGGGAUUUUGUAGGUGGUGAGAGCUUACCAUACUCGGAUUUUUUUCCUUUUCUAGUAGGUUUUGCCAUUAUCUUGCACUAGCUUCACCUAGACUAAAAAUGAGUCUACUAGGCAUGAUCUGAGCCAAAAUAAAUUUGAAAUGACCGGGCCAAAGCAUUAAGCCGGUCCAGCCUCUUUACAAGUUGUUGCUUUAAAUCUUGUUGGUUGAUUUAUUUGUUUUUAAAUUUUUUUUGUAUUAAUUUAAGUUUAUCUAACAAUAAGCCUUAUUUCAUUUCUACCCUACCUAUGCUCAGCCCUACCUUGCUUUUUUUUAUUUUUAGUUUUACCCUAUCUCUGCUCUGCUGAGUCUGGGAAUAAUACUACUAAUCUAACCUUACUCUAGUUUGACCUUAGCGUAGCUAACUCUAGUUCAGACCUUCUACUCUAAAUUUAGUAACGCUCGACGCUAUUUUGUUUCCAGACCUGUCUUGUUGGUCUAUUAUUUGUAUUUUUAAAGUUACCUUGUAUAUGUCAUACUUGUUUAUUUACCUUAUUAAAUGUCAUACUUAAUAUAAAAGUUUUCAAAAACUUUGAAAUGAUAUCAUAUUUUUUUAAAUUAUGUUCAGAUGACAUUUGUGGACCGUCAAAAGUUCCGUGCUACAUUUGCUACACACAAAUCAGAAGCGCAGCAAAUCAUUCCAUUACCACCGGCUCCUUUUGGAGAUGAAAGUAGGUGACUUGACAGUAUUUGCAUAUGUUUAAAUACUAUUAAUUUUUUAGACAUAGUUUACUGCCAAAAGAAUUAAAGCAUACCGUAUUUUACACUAAAAAACUUUAAAAUUUUAGCUGAUAUGGACCUAAUCCAAGAAUCUCUUCGUCGACAAGGACAGCUCCCAAUCCAGCCUGUGCCAAUUCAAACCAAUCCUUCAAUAGCAGUGCCUGGACCCUUAUCAGCCUUAACCUCACCUCUUUCACCUCUACUAAGCGCCUUUGCUCCAGUACCACCAGCACCAUACAAUCAAAAUGUGCAGAUUUCCCCAGUCGUUUCUGGUGCUACAACGAGUAGUGGCUUGGACCCGAAUCAUAAGUUGGACUUGUGCUGUCGAAAACAAGGUGUCAAUGCGGUUUGUCAAGCCAUGUGUAACUUUGACACUUUUACGGAUCGAUCUGUAAGUUGGGUUUGAUAGUAGGGUAGGAUAGGGUUGGGUAGGGUAGAGUAGGGUAGGGUAGGGUAGAGUAGGGUAGGGUAGGGUAGGGUAGGGUAGGGUAGGGUAGGGUAGGGUAGGGUAGGGUAGGGUAGGGUAGGGUAGGGUAGGGUAGGGUAGGGUAGGGUAGGGUAGGGCAGGGUAGGGUAGGGUAGAGUAGGGUAGGGUAGGGUAGGGUAGAAUACGGUUUGGUAGGGUACGAUACGGUUGGGUACGGUAGGGUAAGGUACGGUAAGGUAGGGUAGAACGCAAGUUUUCGAGAUAUUUUAACAAUAACUGCCAUUUCUUUUUGUAGCUAGUAACCGCAGUGAUCUCAAACCAAUGUCCAGGCCCACAACUUGGUCAAGCCUUUGACUGUGCUUCCUCCAAGGUUGACCAUACUGACUGUUGUACUCGAAACAACGUUCAUCUACAUAAUGCAGGGCAGUGUAUGCCAUUCUGCCGUACACACGAACCAACACCACCCAAUGUCUUUACGUAUGUUGCGUGUCUGCAAGUGUUUGACACGAUUAAGAACUGCUAUCGUGAGUAUCAAUAUCAACAUCCCAACAUCUUUGGGGACUAA